AUGCAACAAGAGCAUUAUGCCUCAGGAACCUCCUCAGAGACUGGGUCUAUCCUCCGCCAGACUUUGACCACCAAAUCGACGAUCCCAGAACCAUCACACCCAGAAGUUGCGUCGCGUGCGAGCUACGAAGCCGAUCACGAUGAACACGCUGACUAUGCCAACAACGAAGAGCUCAGCCGCUUAGCUACAAACUUCACACAAGCUGUCGCACUUCAACCUACUGCAACAGAUGGCGGUAUGGACUCAUCAAAUCCGCAACUCAAUCCUAGCGACCCAUCCUUCAGCUUCAAGAUAUGGUGCAAGUACCUCAUGCGACAGCUCGAGCUUCGCGGCAUGAGGAGGCCUCGAGUGAAUACGACUUUUCGGAACCUGACCGUGACCGGCACUGGGAAUGAGAUUAUGAUCCACAAGACCGUGGGUUCAAUGUUCAUGACUCCUUUCGGUUUCGCAUCUGUCAACCGACGUCGACAUUCGCCAAAGCGGACCAUCUUGCACAGCUUCAAUGGUGCCAUUCGAGAGGGUGAGAUGUGCAUCGUGCUCGGCCGGCCAGGAAGUGGCUGUAGCACAUUUCUCAAGGCCAUAUCUGGUCAUCUAGACGGCGCCAAGAUCAACGAGGACUCAAGUAUCUCAUAUAACGGCAUACCCCAACACACCUACAUAAGGAAUUUUCGCGGCGAGAUCCUCUACAACCAGGAAAACGAGCAACACUUUUCCCACCUCACCGUAGGUCAGACACUAUGGUUCGCAUCGGCUUCACGAGCACCUAGCACUAACUUGCUCCAACUACCGCGCGACAAGUUCGUUGACUACUGCGUUGCCGUAGCGCUGAAUCUCUUUGGCCUCACUCACGCUCAACACACCCGGGUCGGCAACGACUACGUUCGUGGGGUAAGUGGUGGCGAACGUAAGCGGGUCAGCAUCGCCGAGAUGGCACUAACUGGGGCUCUCAUGGGCACAUGGGACAACUCGACGCGCGGCCUGGACUCUGCAACAGCUCUCGAGUUCGUGCGCACUUUGAGAACGGCUGCCGACACAAUGGGUACCAGUCACACCGUUGCCAUCUAUCAGGCUAGUCAGUCAACAUAUGAUCUGUUUGACAAGGCCACAGUGCUCUACCAGGGCCGACAGAUUUACUUCGGACCCGCACAAGACGCUUCGGCCUACUUUGAGUCUAUGGGCUGGGAGCGUCCUCCACGCAUGACUACUGGAGAUUUCCUCACGAGCGUCACCAAUCCCACAGAACGCAAGCCGCGUCACGGAUUCGAAGCGAAAGUCCCGCGCACACCCAUCGAAUUCGAGAAGCACUGGCUAGAAUCUGAACAACGCAAAGUAUCCUUACAGGAGCUAGACCGGAUGACCAAUCACGUUGACGGCGGCGAUCAUGCUUUGCACCAGUUCCAAGAACAUCACAAUCGGACACAGUCCAAGCAUUCCCGGCAGGCCUCGCCUUACCGCAUCAGUGUUCCUGCUCAGAUCCGUCUCUGCGUUCGAAGAUUUUAUCAACGGAUGUGGAACGAUAGGCCCGCAACCAUUUCAAAAAUCAUCGCACAGACAGUGCAGGCACUCAUUGUCGGCAGUAUCUUCUACAAUACCCCUGUUAGCACCGAUGCUUUCUUUGCAAAAGGCUCUGUGUUGUUUUGUGUGGUUCUCGUCAACACCCUCAUGUCUGUAGCCGAGAUUCCAGCCGUAUUCGCGCAGAGACCGAUUGUCGAGAAGCACACACAAUACGCGCUCUAUCACCCAUCAUCGGAAGCGCUCGCUGGAGUCAUCGCCGACUUCCCAGUCAAAAUGCUCACCAGUACCCUUUUUGGCGUCAUAUUGUACUUUCUUGCGGGCCUUAAGAAGGAAGCAGGCGCAUUCUUCACCUUCUACCUAUUUACCACCGGCACCAUGCUGACCAUGUCUGCGUGUUUUCGAAGCAUUUCUGCAGCCUCAAAAUCAAACGCACAAGCCAUGGGGUUUGCGGGCAUUGGAAUUCUCGCCAUCAUCAUCUAUACUGGUUUCAGCAUACAGCGACCCUUGAUGCAGCCUUGGUUUGAAUGGAUCAGCUACAUCAAUCCGGUUUCCUAUGUGUUCGAAGCAUUGCUUACCAACGAGGUCCAUGGUGUUCUCUUCCCGUGCGCCAUGCAGGCUCUUGUACCACCUUACGGACAGGGUGAAAGCUUUCAGUGCGCCAUGCCCGGUGCUAUAGCCGGGCAACGCAGCGUCUUGGGAGACAGUUGGGUCGAAUCAGCGUACGACUACCACUUUAGCCACCUCUGGAGAAACUUUGGCAUACUUGUCGCUUUUAUGGUUGCCUUCUACGGCAUGUACCUCGUACUUUCCGAGCUCAACUGGAAGCUGCCUUCAACUGGAGAGGUACUUGUGUUUAGAAGAGGUCAUCAACCCAAGACCGCCGGAAAGUCGACUGGCGACGUUGAAGCCAGUAAUGACAGCGUUGAUGAGAAAGGCAACAUCGGAAACUCCGAGACAGCGAAUGUCAACGUCAUCCCCGCGCCUACAGAAGUUUUCACUUGGAAGAACGUUUGCUACGAUGUGCCCGUUGAAGGUGGGACUCGCAGACUACUCGACAACAUCAGUGGAUACGUCAAGCCAGGCCAGCUGACUGCUCUCAUGGGUACCAGCGGUGCUGGAAAGACAACCCUUCUUGACGUCCUUGCGAAGCGGACCAACGUCGGCGUUGUCACUGGUGACAUGCUUGUUAACGGUCGGCAUAUGGACAGCUCCUUCCAGCGCAAGACCGGCUAUGUUCAACAACAAGAUGUGCAUCUAUCGACCUCCACCGUUCGGGAAGCUUUACAGUUUUCCGCCUUGCUCCGACAACCUCAUGCCGUUCCCAAGCACGAGAAGUUUGCUUUCGUGGAAGAAGUAAUCAAAAUGCUGGGAAUGGAGGAUUUUGCAGAAGCCAUUGUGGGAUCGCCAGGCGAAGGCCUCAACAUCGAGCAACGUAAACUGCUCACGAUCGGAGUCGAGCUAGCUGCCAAACCUGCUCUGCUCAUUUUCCUGGACGAACCCACCUCAGGCCUCGAUUCACAAUCUUCGUGGUCCAUUAUCAGCCUUCUUCGGCGUCUUGCUGACAAUGGUCAAGCCAUAUUGACGACUAUUCAUCAACCAUCCGCCAUGCUCUUCCAGCAAUUCGAUCGUCUGCUAUUCCUGCAGAAAGGUGGAAAGACUGUAUACUUCGGUGAUAUCGGCACCAAUUCUCGGGCGCUGAUCAACUAUUUUGAAUCAGGAGGCGCGAGGCCUUGCGGCAAUGCUGAAAACCCGGCUGAGUAUAUACUUGAAGUUGUUGCAGGGAAGAACGCCGAUAAGUCUGUCGAUUGGUACAACAUGUGGAAAGCCAGCACCGAAGCAAAAUCCGUGCAGAGCGAAAUCAACCAGCUUCAUAUCGACUACGCAGGAAGCUCUGCGAACACAAAAGUGGCCUCGACACAGUACGCUAUGCCAGUAUCACAACAAUUUUGGUACGUUACAAAACGAGUCUUUCAGCAAUACUGGCGGACGCCCUCGUACGUGCUCGGUAAGCUUGGGUUAGUGACUGCUUCCGCCCUCUUCGUUGGCUUUUCGUUCUGGCAGCCAGAUGACUCCCAAGCGGGCAUGCAGAACACCAUCUUUGCCAUCUUUAUGGUCCUGACAAUCUUCACCCCGCUCGUUCAACAGAUCAUGCCUCGAUUCGUCGCCCAACGGUCGCUUUAUGAAGUUCGCGAGCGCCCCUCGCGAAUGUACUCCUGGUCUGUCUUCAUGGUCUCCAACAUUCUUGUCGAAAUCCCCUGGCAGCUCCUCGCUGGCGUCCUGGUCUUCAUUUCCUGGUACUUCGCUGUCUUUGACACCACUGGCUCCGCUUCUACCUCGGCCACCAUGCUUGCGUUCUGUCUCACUUUCUAUAUGUACGUUUCGAGUUUCGCCUUCAUGUUGAUCGCUGCACUUCCGGAUGCGCCGACCGCUGGCCCCAUCGCCGCACUUCUGUUCAGUCUAAUGAUCACGUUUUCCGGCGUACUUCAGAAACCGAGUUCAUUACCCUCGUUCUGGAAGUUCAUGUGGCGCGUCAGCCCCAUGACUUACCUGAUGGGCGGCUGGGCAGGUGCUGGUUUGCAAGGCCAUCCGGUCAACUGCGCACAGAACGAGCUGGCCAUCUUCAACCCACCGAACAACUCAACCUGUGCAACAUAUUUGCAGCCCUACUUUCAAGAAGGGGCGAUCGGCAGGCUGCUAAAUCCUGAAGCAAGUACAUCAUGCCAGUACUGCUCACUUCAGAAUGCGGACCAAUUCCUAGCGCUUUCCGAUAUCCACCCAGGCGACGUUUACCGUAACUUGGGAAUUUGCUAUGCAUAUAUCAUCUUCAACACGGCGGCCGCUAUCUUGUUCUAUUACCUCUUCCGGGUGAAGAGGGUGAAGGUGCUGCGUAGUGCGGUGGAGGGAGUUGCACAGGCACUGAAAAAGGCUCGUGGUCAUUGA